GGCUCUGCAGCAGCAGCGGCGGCCGAGCCUUGCGCGCUGAUUGGAAAUCUCCCUCGUCCCUGCCUGGACCUUCGCUGCCCGGGACGCGGGGGGCUGCCCAGGCUCCAGCAAGAACAAAGCUCCGCAGCCCUCCUCACCUGCCGGCUCCCGCCCCCGCUCUGCCAUGGUGAGGGGAGGCCGGGCCCCCUGCGCCGAGAGCAGCAUCUGCCCGGGGAGGCGAGACGCUUGACGGCUCUGAGGGCGAGAACUGACAAAGUGGGGGACAUCCGCGGGCUGGUGGUGACAUCCAUGGGCUGGGCCCGCACUUUAUUUUUCUUCGCGAACUGGUGGUGUUACUUCUACACGAGGCGAAGCUGGUGAAGGUUUGGGCGGCCUGGAGCCGAUCAGAGAGCGAGGGAGGAUGGAGGAGGGAGAAGUGAGGUGGGAUGGGCUGUGCAGCAGGGAUGCCAGCACCAGAGACGCUGCCUUGGAAAACAUCCGGCAAGCUGUUUUGAGGAGAACAACACAAAUUUCUCCUGUAAAGGAGGAUCCUCCUCCUGAGUCAUCGGAAGGACACUUGGCUUCUGCUACAGCUCUGGAAAGAUUGAAUGAGAUGCUGGCUCGCCUGCUCAUGCUUUCCAAGAGAUGCCCCUUUAGAGACGUGAGAGAGAAGAGUGCGUCUAUCCUAAGCAAUGUUCAGGAACUUGGAAUUAGAAUUCCUAGACCACUGGGACAUGGACCAAGCAGAUUCAUCCCAGAGAAGGAGAUUCUUCAAGUGGGAAAUGAAGAUGCCCAGAUGCAUACAUUGUUUGCAGAUUCUUUUGCUACUUUGGGCCGUUUGGACAACAUCACCUUAGUGAUGGUUUUCCACCCGCAGUAUCUAGGAAGCUUUCUGAAAACUCAGCACUAUCUACUGCAGAUGGAUGGCCCAUUGCCUCUUCAUUACCGACACUACAUAGGGAUAAUGGCUGCAGCAAGACAUCAGUGCUCCUAUCUAGUUAACCUCCAUGUUAAUGACUUCCUUCAUGUUGGAGGAGACCCCAAAUGGCUGAAUGGCCUAGAGAAUGCACCUCACAAACUGCAAAAUUUAGGAGAAUUGAAUAAAAUAUUGGCUCAUCGGCCCUGGCUUAUCACCAAAGAGCAUAUUGAGCAACUUCUGAAGACAGAAGAGCAUAGCUGGUCCCUGGCAGAGCUGAUCCACGCAGUUGUUCUCCUUACACACUACCAUUCACUUGCUUCUUUCACAUUUGGCUGUGGAAUCAGCCCAGAAAUUCAUUGUGAGGGUGGCCACACCUUCAAGCUCCCCUCUGUCAGUAACUAUUGCAUCUGUGAUAUUACAAAUGGCAACCAUGGAGUGGAUGAAACUCAUGUCAGCCCAGCUGGAAGCAUUUCAACUACAGAAUCUUUCUGUGAAGUUGAAGCACUUAUGGAGAAAAUGAAGAAGCUACAAGAGUGCAGAGAUGAAGAGGAAGCCAGCCAAGAGGAGAUGGCCACACGUUUUGAGAGAGAGAAGAGAGAAAGCAUGUCUGUGUGUUGUUCAGAGGAUGAGGAAUCAGCGCCGACAAGAGAUGUAUCUCGCCACUUUGAGGAUACAAGCUAUGGGUAUAAAGACUUCUCCAGACAUGGAAUGCACGUGCCUACAUUCCGUGUUCAGGACUAUUCCUGGGAGGACCAUGGCUAUUCCUUGGUUAAUCGUCUUUACCCAGAUGUGGGGCAGCUGAUUGAUGAGAAGUUUCAUAUUGCUUACGAUCUGACAUACAAUACAAUGGCCAUGCACAAAGAUGUGGAUACCUCCAUGCUUAGACGUGCAAUUUGGAAUUAUAUCCACUGUAUGUUUGGAAUAAGAUACGAUGAUUAUGACUAUGGUGAAAUUAAUCAGUUGUUGGAUCGCAGUUUUAAAGUUUACAUCAAAACUGUGGUUUGCACUCCUGAAAAAACCACAAAAAGAAUGUAUGAUAGCUUCUGGAGGCAGUUCAAACACUCUGAGAAGGUUCAUGUUAAUUUGCUUCUUGUAGAAGCUCGGAUGCAAGCUGAACUACUUUAUGCUCUGAGAGCUAUUACUCAUUAUAUGACCUGAUACCUUUGACUGACUAACGACGAUGGAAUGUUCAGCAGAUACAGCCUAUAGCGUGAACCUACUAAGCACCAGGACCAAUGGUCACUAGAAAUUAAGAGACUUUGCCAUAACUUCUUUAGUUUCAGCUAUUUCAUUGUUGGAAUAUCACUGUUGCCACUGAGCAGUGACUGUGUGGCAGUUGAAAGGAUAGAGUUGUGUCAAAGUGCUGCCUGUUCACCGUAUUGGGCUUUAAACAGCAUAGGAAACCAUAACUUGUGGCAAUACAGCAGAUGGUAAAUACAUAAAUCUUGUAUUAAGUUAAAUACAAUGGGAGCUGGAGCAUAAGAAGCCAAAAAAAAAAAAAAAGUGCACCUUGAUGACUCCUGCUUUUGA